AUGGAACAAGAUACGCCAAGGCUCCCCCGCGAUCCCCAUUGGUUACGUGUUCCCGGAGCGGAUCGGAGGGAAAGAUUCCUCGGGGCUGUGGAGCGCAGCAAGUCCAAGCUCGGGAGGCGCGGGAUACAUGCUCUUUACCCACUCUAUCUCUCGUGCUGUCCGUCUCCACGUGCUGGUGCUGGUUCUCAGUACGCCCGCGAGCCCAACGGAAGCCUAUCUUGGUCGUGGAUGCCUGUCGGCUCUCUUCCUGCUACGAGUCGGGUGCUGCUUCCAUGUACAGAGUCUGAUAUGCUUUGCCUAUCUAGGCCGAAAGAGGAAAUCAUGGAAUGCCAUGCCGAGAACGGGGGAGACGGCGUGACAAAAGAACUGGUUGCGGUGGAGUUUCCGUCCGAUGCAAAAGUCAAGUGGCUGGGUUCCCCGAGCCGCGCCACUCCUCUCGUGUCAUUGGUUGGCCCCGGGACACACCAACUCUGCCGUGCCUGUGGCUUGUUGAGGGCCACGGUAGUGGUGGGAAUUUCACGCCGCUCGUGGGGCCUUCUCUUUUGCCUUUUUCCGUCGGGGGAGGGGGGUGAGAGAAAGGAGGAGAGCGAGGCCAGGCCGCCGCCGCCCCGGCUAAACUGCGCCUUGGGUGGGAAAACAACAUCAACAAAACAAGCUUGCGUCUCGCUCUUGCGCGUGCCGAAGCUAUAUUAUAUUGGCACCCCGGGUCGCGCGCGUCGCCUCCCUCGUCCCGCGUCAACCCGACUUCGAAGGCGUGGACACCGCGGGGGGAGGGACCGUGGGAACGUGGGCCUUGGGAUUGGGCCGCUCGCUGGCUCUCCGCCCUCCGUUUCCUGCUCGUGCUGGGUCUGGAGCUCCGCGAAUGUUGCACACCCCAUCAACCAGCCAGCCAGUCAGCCAAGCGUCCGCCGCCGGCUGUCACGGGGAGAUGUGGAGGCACACUCCCCGGAUCUCCCUCCCUCCCCCCAAGAGCUCUAUCGACCUGCUGUGCAUGCCGCUUCGAACACAGUCGAGCAACGGUGUGGAGACGCUGGCAUAUCAUAUCGUGGCACACGCGUCGCUUUUGUCUCACGGGCGUAUCCUCGCCAUCGCCGACUGUCCGUGUUGGGGGGCGCCAACACAUUCGGCGGCCCCGUGAGACGUCCCUUUGGUGAGCGAGAAGGACUGCUGGCUCUCAACGGACCGCCGGCCGUGGCCAGGUCUGGAUUCUCGCCUUGGGCGCCGUGUCGGGCUUGCUUGACGGCAGCCGGACCUGCACUUUUGAGAUUCCCAGGUACCUCUACGGCACCCCCUCCCGUGGCCGCUUCUGGGGGAGCUGCUCCAUCUGUACGAAGCACUUGGGGAGUCCCCAUUCAUUCAACCAGUUCACCGACCACACUCAAGGGAGACGGCCGCACUGUCUGCUCACCCUUCCCCUUUUGGCAUGUCCCAUGGCCCGCAGUGACGCCUGAAGCAAGAGCGUCCCCAAUGGGAGAAAAGGGGAGGACGAGGCCGAGAGGCAGGCCUCUUGCAUUGCGGCAGGUGAUCAAUGGCGCCGCUGCUCUCAUUGGCCUGCUGGGUGAGGACAUAUGCACCGCUACCGGGUCCAUCUGGCCGGUCUGGGCCCUACUUUUUGCCCCUGUCUUUGCAGCAUGGGAGGAGGAGAUCGGGGCUGUCUACGAGGCACCACCACCACAACCACACCCCCUCCCUUCUCCCCACAUCACCUCUCAAUGCCCUCCACCCUCCGAGAGAUGUCCUGCCAAAUCCGGAAACCGACUAGCUCGACUUCGACCGGCGCCAUGCAUAUGCAUAUCAGCGACGGCUGCGGUCGAGCUCGGCUUGGGCAAGUCAAGGAGGGAAAGCGAGUGA